AUGCCUCCAUUCUCACAAUCGAUGCCUCUUUCAAAUGGGUUUUCAUCUAAUCACCACCAAACCCACCACCCAUCCACCAAUCUCAUCACCAUUGAUGUGGGUGGUCACCUGUUUCAAACCACCAAACAAACCCUAACCCUUGCUGGCUCCAAGACCCUCUUCUCUGAUCUCUUUGAUUCAUCCACCCACAAUUCAAUCCCUUUUAUUGAUCGAGACCCUGAACUGUUUUCGAUUCUUCUUUCUCUUUUAAGAACAGGUAAUCUGCCAUCAAAAGCCAAGGCUUUUCACAUCCAAGAUAUCAUAUUUGAAGCAGAUUUCUAUGGGAUUUCUGAUCUUCUGGUUCAAUCUCAAUCGAACCCAUCUCAAUUCGAACCCUUUGAUCUUGAGAAAUCAAUGCUUUUGCCUCUGAGUGGCAGGGAUUCACCUUCUGCAAUCGCGACAACGCCAAACGGAUCACUUCAUGUCUCCCAUGGCAGCAAAAUCACAUCUUUUGAUUGGUCUUUGCAAAGAAAGUCAACGACUUUGACCAGUUUUACAGCUAUUGAUUCUUUGUUAGCUUUAUCCCCAAAUGUGGUGGCUGCUGGUGCCACGGAUUUUUCUGGGCUUCAGAUUCUUGAUCUUGAUUUAGGGUUUGUUAGACAAACCCUAAAUUGGGAGAAUGUGACCAAAUCCAGCUCGACUGUUCAAGCGAUUGGGGUUUCCCCUGAAUUCUUGUUCACUAGCUUCGAAUCGGGCCGAAGGAAUUCGAAUUCGAUCAUGGUUUACGAUCUCGAGAGCUUCAAAGUCGUUUCGGAGAUUGCCCGUAAUGAAAUCUUUGGUGCCGAUCUUGAUUCGGCUAUUCCGUCGACGAAAUUGAAUUGGGUUCCGAGUGUUAAUCUGUUGAUGGCUUCUGGGUCUCAUAGUGGUCCUUCUGGGGUUUCAGGAAAUAUAAGGUUUUUCGAUAUAAGGUCCGGGAAUGUAGUUUGGGAGAUCAAAGAAACGACAGAUUGUUUCUCGGAUAUCACGGUUUCCGACACCCUUUCGGCUGUUUUCAAGAUCGGAGUGAACUCGGGAGAGGUUUCGUAUAUCGAUUUAAAGAAUUUUGGGUCGUAUAACUCGUGGAAUUAUCUUGGUGACACAAGAAAAGCGAAUAACGUUAAGAAAGAAGGGGUUGGUUGCAAGAUCGAGAGCCACGGGAACCAGGUUUUUGUCGGGAAACAAGGGGAAUUAGGGUUGUGGUCGGAGGUUUUGAUGGGUUCUUCGAAGAUUGGAAAAGAUCGAAUCUUUAGGAAGAACGUUUUAGGAAGAGCGAAGGAUUUGGGCGGAAAUAGGAUCACGAAUAUGGGUUUCGGAGGAAACAAGAUGUUUGUGACGAGAAAGGAUCAACAAUGUGUCGAAGUUUGGCAAAGCUCGGCGAGAAGAUUUUGAUCGUUCGAAAAAAACGACACUAUUCUUUAGUUCGUGAAUUUGUAAAUUGAAUUCGUGUGUUUUUAUCGAUUGUUUGAUUCUUUGUUCCAUCGAUCACUACAAAUGAAACCGGUAAUCGUUAUGGUUAAUAUUGUUCCUAAGAAAAAAAAACGUAUCUGGGAUUACUUAUUUGAAAC